CAUUAUUGUUCUGUGAUAUUAUCUUAAAUCAUUGUUACUGUUCUAUUUAUAAGUGCAGUUUAGGUUUUUACCAUCGAGAUGUAUAUACUACACUAGUAUAAACAUCUCGAUUCUCGAUGGUUUUUACAUAAAAAAGAUAAGUGACGUUAUAGAUUAUUAAAAGUGUUUCCUAUAGGUCAGUAAUAAUUUAAUACCAUUAACCACACAUUAUUGAAUGUGGGACGUAGGAGAGAAUAAAAUUGUGAUAAAAUCUAAUUUGUGCUUGUACAAAAUGCCAGGUGGCUAAUUCUAACGGACGUCUGAAUGUAUGAUUGUCUUUAUAAAUUUAAUAAUAAAUUAAAAAACCAAAGUUGAGAAGUUGACCGCCAUAUCCGUUGUUUACCUACCUAUUGUUACUGAGUCUGAUUCAAUUUUAUAAUUAAUACAAUUUAAAUUAAUUUCAUCAAACAAUUGAACUAUUGAAAUAUCGUUUAAGCUUGCAAUGGGUACAUAACGAUUGCAAUAAAUUAUAUUAUAAAAUAUUUGUACACAGUACAGUAGAAAUUGUUGAUUUAUUUUUGUGUGAGCAUGGAUUCUUAUAACAUUGUUGGUGUGCUAGGACGUGGAGCUUUUGGAGUUGUUGAACUGGUUAGAGACUUUAAUUUAAAGAAAUUAGCUGUUAUGAAAACCAUACAUAUAAAAUCCAUGUCAGCAGAGAACGUAAAGGAAGCUAUCAAAGAAAUUCAAAUUCUUCAAAUGUUAAAUCAUCCAAAUAUCAUCAAAUAUUAUAAUAGUUUUCAAAAUAAACAAAGUUUCCAUAUCAUUAUGGAGUAUGCCAUACACGGAACUCUUGAAAACUUUGUCAAUAAAUGUUCAUUAACUUCAAAAUAUAUUGCCCAAAAUUGUGUAUUAAAUAUACUUAGUCAAGUUACAAUGGCAGUGGAUUACAUCCACAAAAUGAAGAUUAUACAUAGUGAUAUUAAUCCAAUGAAUAUAUUAUUAACAGGAAAUCAAGGUACAGUAGUAAAACUCGGAGAUUUCGGCUCUUCUCGCAUAUUGACCAGUGACAAAAUUGUUGGUGAAAAUUGUUGUACGCCAUGUUACAUGUCUCCGGAGCAAUGUUUUGGGAAACCUCUGAGGUUAAAAAGUGACAUAUGGCAAAUUGGUUGUGUCUUAUACUAUUUGAUUACUACAAAACAUCCCUUUGUUGCAAAGAGUUUAGCAGAUACUAUAUCAAGCAUUGUAGAAGGAGUUUUGAGUAUUUCAGAAAAAAUGAAUUUUUACGACAGAGAUGUAAUAAUGCUUUUACAUGAAUUAUUAAAUCGUGAUCCGACAGUUCGACCUAAUGCAUCUGCUAUACUUUCAAAUCCAUAUAUAUUACCCUAUGUAUUGAACAGCAAUUGUCAUUGGUCUAAAUCUGGUAGGAAAUCCUUGAACCAAAAUUAUUAAAUGUAACAGUUAAAAUAUAUUUUUUUUUUUAUUUAAGUAUAUAAA